AUUGCUAAUGAUCCACAGGAGAGGUAUGAGAUUGAGUCGGAUGAGAAUCGUUUGGAGGUAGCUCAAACUAUUUACCGUACAUAUUUAGACAGACAGGCAAAUGAGGCAGUUGACGUUUUAAAUGCAGAGGUAAUUGAACAUUCUAAAGAGAAACUUGCUACCGGCAACAAAGAACUGUUUGUAGAAUGUAUGGCAGCAGUCAAGACAUUUCUAGCCGGAGAACCGUUUCAUCUAUUCGAAAAUUCCAUGUAUUUUCAUCGUUACUUGCAGUGGAAGUGGCUUGAAAGCCAACCCGUUACAUACAAGACUUUUCGAAUGUAUCGUGUACUUGGUAAGGGAGGAUUUGGAGAGGUGUGUGCAUGCCAGGUUCGUGCCACAGGAAAAAUGUAUGCCUGCAAGAAAUUAGAGAAAAAGCGCAUAAAGAAAAGAAAAGGCGAGGCAAUGGUGCUUAUCGAGAAACAAAUACUUCAGAAAAUCAAUUCUAAAUUUGUGGUGAGCUUGGCUUAUGCAUAUGAAACAAAGGAUGCAUUGUGUCUUGUACUCACCAUUAUGAAUGGAGGUGACCUGAAGUUUCACAUCUAUAAUAUGGGUGGGGAUCCUGGAUUUGAUAUCAACCGUUCUCGCUUCUAUGCUGCUGAGGUGCUUUGUGGAUUGGAGCACCUUCACGUGCAAGGCAUUGUCUAUCGAGACUGCAAACCAGAGAAUAUCCUUCUAGAUGAUCAUGGCCACGUGCGCAUCUCAGACCUCGGAUUAGCAGUGGAGAUCCCUGAGGGUGAAAUGGUGCGAGGCAGGGUUGGAACUGUGGGCUACAUGGCUCCAGAAGUGAUAGACAAUGAGAAGUAUACAUUCAGUCCUGAUUGGUUCAGCUUUGGUUGUUUGAUUUAUGAGAUGAUAGAAGGUCAGGCACCUUUUCGUGCAAGAAAAGAAAAGGUGAAACGAGAAGAAGUUGAUAGACGUGUAAAAGAUGACCAAGAAAAAUAUUCACAUAAGUUCAGUGAAGAAGCCAAGGCUUUGUGCCAGCAGCUUUUAAAGAAGUCUCCAAAGCAGAGGCUUGGAUGCCACUGCGGCCAAAUGGGAGCACGAGAAGUCAAACACGAUGAGUUCUUCAAGUGCCUCAAUUGGAAAAGACUGGAAGCAGGGAUGCAGGAUCCUCCAUUUAUUCCAGAUCCACACGCUGUGUACGCAAAAGACGUGCUGGAUAUUGAGCAGUUCUCGACUGUGAAGGGUGUGAACCUGGAUGCCACAGAUGAUACUUUCUAUAGCAAGUUUAACACAGGGUCCGUGUCCAUCCCCUGGCAGCAGGAGAUGAUUGAGACAGAAUGUUUUAAAGAGCUUAAUGUGUUUGGACCCAAUAAUACUCCAACAGUAGACUUAAUCAUUGAUGCCAUCCCAGAACCAGAGAAAAAAGGAUGUUUCCCCUUCAGAAGAAAGAAGAAGCAGAGUGCCCGCAUGCGUCCGGUUCCGAUUGCAGAGCAGUACUUGCAACAGGGUUCAACAUACAGAGAUGAGGCUCAGACAUGGUGACAGCCAGCAAAUACCGUGAGUAGCGGUAGCAGUCAGGAGCUCCUAUCUGGCAGUGGGGCAGAACAUUCAGGCCCUGCCAUCAGUAAGGUGGAGUCUGCUGGGGUUGGGAACAACAUGAGGACAGCUUUGUCUGACUGUGAUGGGAGAUUGGUGUCUGCCUUGUCAAGCAAGAGUGCGAUGGAGCAGGCUGCAUAUUUACUUGCUCCCACGUGCAUGUCAUCUGGAGAUGCCUCCCCCAACACUGAUAAUAGUAUUAUUCCUGUUUUGAUUGAUAUUAACAAAGCUUCUGGUAUCUCUCCUACACCAACCACAGUCAUGCCGGUAUUGAAUUGCGCUAAUGUGUGUGAUGUGGAUCUCAACACACCUAAUGCUGGGUUCAAGAACGUUUUGUGUGAUUCAUCUAACUGUUCUGAUGAAACAGUCGCUAGCAGUGGGGAUGCUGACGUUUGUGUGUCUCCCACCACAAUUAGACAUCUCUCUCUUGCUGAUAAGGGAAUGUUACUUGAGGCUGCAGCAUCUCAGAUUAAGGGUCCUAACAGUGCAGCAUCACCCAUAGAGCAGCCUGGAGAUGAUGCAGCGUCUAACAUUAAAAUUCCUACUCUCACUGUAUUUGUAUCCUAGCAAAAGACAACACAAAAUGCUAAUAAAAUAGAAUAGCAAGUUUAAAUUGUUAAACAUAUUUAAGAAUUAGUGCAAGUGAUGUGUUUCUACCAAUUUAAAAUUACUGCUGCCAGGAUUUGAUUGAUAAACAUGAGCAUAUGAGAUAAAUAUGAGAGAGUGUGUUUGGCUUUUUUGUCAGUUUGCUUUGAAAUGGCUGGAAGAUUCAUAAAUAGCUAUGUCCUUUUUUGCCAAAUUUCUUCACCAACUUGAACUAGCUGAGAGUAGCUGAAUUGGAAGGUAGCUACGACUGUAUUCUCAUCAGUCAGCGUACUCUAAAGAAAGACAUUGAAGGCGACAUCUGCAAGGAAGCCAUUAAGCAGCCUAGAACAUAAGUUGACUGAAGAUGGCUGUUUUCUAUCGUCAGCCUCAUGACGGGAGGCUGUAAGCACCUUUGUAACGUUGGUCAGUUUCUACCAGACUACACACACAGUGCAACAUCCCAGAAUUCAACCAUCUUCAUGAGAACCUGAAAUCUUACAUAAAUUGUACUGGCUUGUGUUGGCAUGUGAAAUGGAGAAAGGGAGUCACGUUAUGUCAAGCUGCAGGACAAGACAAUAGUUGCGUGCUGAGAACUGUUGCCAUUAGUUUUCUAUCAAACAUUGAGCCUACAAAUAUAUAUAUAUGAAUAUUCAGGAUGAAACCAAACUUACAGAUGUGCCAAAAUAGUUAUAAGGAGUGUUCAUGACAUUGUAUCAGGCAAGUGCAAUAUUGCCAGUAUUUUAUGGGCUAAGUCGCUGACACAGGUCUUGACUACUAAUUCAGCUGAGGUCUCUGCAUCUGUAUUCCAAAUUAAUUUAAUUUAACUUAAACUAAUUUAAUACGUCACUGUCUUAUUUAUGUAGUAUAUAUAAUGAACAUUAGCAAUUUGAGGCUACCAGGUUUCCAGCCUGUCUAUAGCUCCGUUUCAUGAAAAGCUUCUUUCAUGAAAAAAAAAUUCAUAACCCUAAACUAGUCCACAUACCUGAAUGAUUCAAAAGCUAGAAUGUUGAGAAAUAUCUAAGGAAUCACCACCUUAUCACUAUUACUGAAACUUGUCUUUCCUCAUACCACAUGAUUUAUACAAGUUUUCUGCUAAUAGUUGGAACAUUAUCAUUGUUGUUACUAUUAACUACUGACAUCACCAUUAUCACUAGUUGUAUGUAAAAAGUUUGUCCCGCUAUGUGCCAUACAGGCUGUUUGGGUUAAGUGGAGGUAAACCUCCUCUCUUUCUUGA